AUGACGCAACGACCUCGAGCCCAUCCCUCACCCAGCGGCGAGCCAUCCCGCCCGCCGCCGUAUCGCCUCGCCGCCUUCCUGCGCGGACACUCGAACGACGUCCGCGCCGUCGCCUCGUCCACCUCUCCGUCCCGCCUCUUUACCGCCUCGCGCGACGGCACCGCCAGGGCUUGGUCCCGAGAGCGCGGCGACGGCGACAAGGGCGGCAGCUGGGCCGAGGAGCGCGUCUGGCGAGACGGCCACGAGGGCUACAUCAACGCCGUCUCGUCCGUGCCCGCAGACCCGAGCGAACCGGAUCAGCACGGCUUCCUCGCCACCGCCGGCACCGACUCGCUCAUCCAGCUCUUCUCGCUCGCGCCCGACGCUCCACCGACCCCUACCCACACCCUCCUCGGCCACGCCCACAACGUGUGCGCCCUGCACUGCUCGACCGACGGGCGCACGAUCGCGAGCGCGAGCUGGGACGGCACGGCGCGAGUGUGGGUGCGGCGCGAGCGGGACGGCGAGGGCGACGAGGCGUGGACGUGUGCGAGGGUGCUCGUCGAGCACGAGGCGGCAGUGUGGGACGUCAUGGUGCUCGAGGGCGAACAGGACGCUAUUCUUACCGCUUCUGCCGACUCGCGCAUCCGCCUCUUCUCCGGCCCCGACGUGCGCUUCGUCUUCAAGGGCCACCAAGGACCUGUACGCGCCCUCGCCAAGCUUCUGCCCGGCGACCCGACCUCGACCCUGUUUGCGUCCGCCUCGAACGACGGCACGAUCCGCGUGUGGGACUACCGCAACGGUAACGCGCUCACAGUCCUCGGCACGCACGACUCGUUCAUCUACUCGCUCGCGACGAUCCCGUCGAGCGCCGGCGGCGGCCUCGCGAGCUCGGGCGAGGACGGCAUCAUCUCGGUCUGGAACGAGGAGGACGGCGAGCGGGACCAGGAGGUGCUCGUGCCGGCGCUCUCGGUGUGGUCCCUCGCGACGCUGCCCAACGGCGACCUCGCCUGCGGGUGCUCGGACAACAUGGUGUGGCUGUUCACGCGUGACCCGGCGCGUGCCGCAGACGAGGCGACGCAGGGCGAGUACGACAUGCGCCUGGCGGAACGUCGAGCGACGAGGGCGCCGCAGCAGGAGCGGCCGGUCGUGCACGAGCCGGCGGUCCUCGACGAGCCGGGCUCGAGCGAGGGCGAGGUCAAGCUCGUCAAGCGGGACGAGAUCGUCGUCGCCCAUCAGUGGGACGGGUCCAAAUGGGGGGAGCUCGGCGAGGUCGUGCAGCAGGCCGAGGCUGCGGGCGAGGAUGCGGCGCCGGCGCCACCGCCGCCGACCAAGAUGCAGCACGAGGGCAAGGAGUAUGACUACGUGUUCCGCAUCGACGUCAAGGACGACGAGCCGCCGCUCGAGCUGCCGUACAAUCUCGACGACGACCCGCACGCCACCGCCGCCGCCUUUAUCGCCCGUCACGCCCUUCCCGACUCGUACCUCGAGCAGAUUGUCGACUUUAUCCGGGCCUCGACUGCAUGACGUGCGCCUCGUCGC